AUGUUUGCAUUGGCUUCUAUUUCACGUCUGGGACGUGCAAGCGCAAGCGCACGUGCACGUGCAUCCGCAGCUCUGUCUAUCCGUGGAUUUGCGUUGACUGCUGAAAAAUAUCCUUCAGUUAAGCGUGGAGACUACGCCAAACUAACCGAUGAAGAUCUCGGUAAAUUCCAUUCGAUUUUGAACCCAAACCAGAUUAUUACGGAUGCUGCAGAUUUGGCUGCAUUUAAUCAGGAUUGGAUGAAGAAAUACGCUGGUCAAUCGCAACUUGUAUUGAAACCAAAGACAACUCAACAGGUUUCUCAAAUUUUGAAGUAUUGUAACGAGAGGAAACUUGCCGUUGUUCCACAAGGUGGUAAUACCGGAUUGGUUGGAGGUUCUGUUCCAGUUUUCGACGAAAUCGUUAUUUCUAUGGCCGGCAUGAACCAAAUUAGAUCCUUUGAUGAAAAUUCUGGAACAUUGAAAGUGGACGCUGGUGUCAUACUUGAAAAUGCGGACAACUAUCUGGCAGAGAGGGGUUAUAUAUUCCCCCUUGAUUUGGGAGCUAAAGGUUCAUGUUUUGUUGGUGGUAACGUUGCAACCAAUGCUGGUGGGUUGAGAUUAUUAAGAUUCGGCUCAUUACAUGGCUCAGUGUUGGGGUUGGAAGUUGUCUUAGCUGAUGGUACCAUUGUGGACUCCAUGCAUUCUUUAAGAAAAGACAAUACCGGGUUUGAUUUGAAGCAGCUAUUCAUUGGUUCCGAAGGUACCUUGGGAAUUAUUACUGGUGUAUCGAUCUUAUGUCCCGCAAGACCAAAGGCCGUCAAUAUCGCAUUUCUUGGCUUGGAGAGCUACGAGCAUGUGAUCCAGUGCUUCAAGGAAGCACGUUCUGAUUUGGGCGAAAUCUUAAGUGCCUUUGAGUUUAUGGAUCGUGAUUCCCAGUUGGUUGCCUCCAAAUUCUUGAAAACGACCCAUCCAUUGUGUCAAGAGGACGAAGUUGCUGAAGCUUCUGUUCCGGAAUAUCCAUUCUAUGUAUUGCUGGAGACAUCAGGAUCAAACAAAGACCAUGAUGAUGAGAAACUAGAAAAGUUUUUAGAAAAAGUUAUGGAAAACGAAGUUGUAGUUGACGGUACAGUGUCGCAGGAUGAAGCUCAACUCAAGACUCUAUGGACUUGGAGAGAAGGUAUCGCUGAAGCAUCACAGCAAUUUGGUGGUGUUUAUAAGUACGAUGUCUCAUUACCAUUGGAUUCCUUGUACAAACUAGUCGAAGAGACCCAGGAGAGACUAAAGAGUUUCAGUUUGGCAUCGACCGAGGAUGAAUCAAAACCUGUAUAUGAGGCUAUUGGUUAUGGUCAUAUCGGUGACGGCAAUUUACAUUUGAACGUUGCCGUUAGAGAGUAUAACAAAGAGGUUGAAAAGGCACUUGAACCUUUUGUAUAUGAGUUUAUCGAGAAACACAAUGGUUCCAUCAGUGCCGAACAUGGUCUUGGAUUCCAAAAGAAGAAUUACAUUGGUUAUUCUAAGAGUGAGGUUGAAAUCAAAAUGAUGAAGGAGUUGAAGAACCACUAUGAUCCGAACGGUAUUUUGAACCCUUAUAAGUAUAUCUGA